AUCAACGAAGCUGAAAUCAGCUCCACUGCACACGCCGAACUCGAGCAGCAUCGCGAACUCCGAGAAAUGGUCCGGCUCGCAGCAUGGGAGAUGCCCCUUCUCAGCUCCCUCGCCAAACCUUUCGAGGCACCUGAUGUCCAAAAGCUUCCCUUGAGAUGGCGGUAUACGACAUACUUCGGCGAAUCACAUCCGGCCUCUCGAAAAGUGGUGGUGGAGUUUGGCGUCACAAAUCUUGGCCUGCAGGAGAAGCAAGUGGAGAAGUUGAAGAAACUUGCUGGACCGCGAUACAAUCCGGAGAAGAACAUUGUUCGGAUGAGCUGCGAGAGCUUCGAGACUCAGGCGCAGAACAAGCGAUAUCUGGCUGAUACCAUCAACACCCUGAUUGCGGAGGCGAAGGACGGGAAGGACACAUUUGAGGACGUCCCCCUUGAUGUACGGCAUCACAAGGCGAAGAAGCGGUUUUCAUUCCCAGAUGAGUGGCGGUUGACAGAUGAGAAGCGGGCACAGUUGGAGGACAAGCGAAGAACACUACUGUUGGAAGAGGGUAAGCGGGUGGAGGAGAGUAAGAUCGUGAGCGGGCUGGCGGCGAUUGAGAAG